GAUUUGAUUACUCGAACACAAAAUUAUUAGCGAAUUAAUAUAUUGAUUUUCCUCAACUGGGUGACGCUUCCUUCUUUCUUUCACUCUGUAUCCUCUCUCUCAAUCAUUAAUGGGUCAUUUUUAGUUUCUGUUUCUGUUUCGCCUCUUCACUUACUUCUGCAAGCUCAUUUGAUUGGGAACCACCCAAGUUGCUACAAAAGAAGCGUAAUCUGCAUUCAUUUUUGCAGCUUUUUGGUGUUUUGAGUUUUCCCCUUUUGUUGUAACGACAAAAUUUGAACUGGGAAUUUGGAUCCAGAUGUGUUUUAAUGGAAUCGAUCUGAUUUAGAGCAUUGGGUUUUGGAUUUUAGCUUCAUUGGGUUCGGUGUUUGAACUGGGGUUAUUGUGAUCUUGUUGUAUCAGAGAUAAAAGUGGGGAAGAGGAAGAUGAAGUUCAAUUGGAAGCCACCGGUUCCUUUCAAACGCAACCAUGUGCUGAUUUUGAAGCUUGUUCUUCCUAUUCUCUUACUGGGUAUUGCUUUUCGUUUCCUCUUUGCCGGUUCUGGUGACGUUCCGGCAAUUUUAGAAACCCCUUUGACAGAGAGGUUGGCGGCGCCGACGAUUUUGGAAAACCCUUUAAUUGAUAAGAAACAGGUUCCUGCGAUUUUGGAAACUCCUUUGUCUAAGAAGUCUGAGGAUUUGGAGGAACCUGAAACUCCGGAGGAUGAGAAUCAGAAACCACUUGAAGGUCGUAUUGAACUUGGUGCAGGGAAGUGUAAUCUUUUUGUUGGAGAGUGGAUCCCAAAUCCAUCAGGUCCUGUGUACAAUAAUGAGAGUUGCCCCCAUAUUGAAGCCCAUCAAAAUUGUAUGAAGAAUGGGCGGCCAGAUACCGAAUACUUAUACUGGAGAUGGAAGCCACGAGAUUGCGAACUAUCAAAGUUUGAUCCUAAAAAAUUUCUUGAAAGGAUGAGGGACAAAACCUGGGCGUUAAUUGGAGAUUCAAUAUCUCGAAACCAUGUUCAAUCAUUGCUGUGCAUGCUAUCGACGGUGGAACUAGCAGUUCAUAUCUACCAUGAUGAAGGAUACAAGAAUAGAAAAUGGAGGUUUCCAUCAUACAACUUCACUAUUUCAGUGGUUUGGUCACCUUUCCUUGCAGAAGCUGCUAUUUUUGAAGAUUAUAAUGGUGUGUCUACAUCUGAAGUUGAGCUGCAUCUCGACAAACUCGAUAAGAAAUGGACAAGCGAGUUCCAUCAAAUGGACUACGUGAUUAUUUCUAGUGGUAAAUGGUUUGUGAAAUCUGCAAUAUACUAUGAGCAUAACAAAGUGCUGGGCUGCCAUACUUGCCCAAAAAAGAAUUUUACAGAGCUAGGUAUUGAAUUUGCCUAUCGCAGAUCUCUCCGCUCUGCAUUAAACUUUAUUUUAGCAUCCAAACAUAAAGGUAUGAUAUUUAUGAGAACAUCAACCCCUGACCACUUUGAAAAUGGUACGUGGUCUGACGGAGGAACAUGUGAUCGAAGAGCGCCGAUAAAAGAAGGUGAGAUGGAACUGAAAGAACUGACCAAGAUUCUGCGCAUUGUUGAGUUAGAGGAGUUUAAGAAGGCAGAAGUAAAAGCAUCUCAAAACGGGUUGAAUCUUAAGCUUCUUGACCUGACCCAGCUUUCAUUGUUGAGGCCUGAUGGUCAUCCAGGUCCAUACAGAGAGUUCCAACCGUUUGCAAAUGACAAAAAUGCAAAAGUGCAGAAAGAUUGCUUGCAUUGGUGCCUACCUGGCCCAAUUGACGCGUGGAACGACGUAAUUAUGGAGAUGAUGUUAAACGGAUAGGAAACUUCACCACCGACAUCAAGCGAUGAGAUUUUGCUACAAGAAGGUACACUUUGGAUUUCUCUUAUUGUAGGUAAAUACCAUUGAGACCAUCUUCUGUAACAUUGCUUUAGGAGAUUCUUCUCAAUUUGUAUUAAAAACACAGCGAUUUCAUUAAGUUGAUUAGUUACAUAUCUUCCUAGUUCCUAUGCAUCAAAAUAGAGCAUAUUUCUUGUCCUAGUUGAGCAUUAAAAGGGAAUGAUAUCCAUUGUUGUUACUUCUUAUUCUUAUGAUUGAAUCAGAUAAGCAAAUCUCUGUAACUAUAGUUUUGAGUUCUCGUUCGAGUUCAUUGGUUGCAAGAAUGAUUUUGUUCUGUGGUCCUAUCAUGAACAUUGGAAGAAAAGGAAAACUGAAUGGCAUUGAGAAUUAUAUUAUUUCAAA